UAAGACGGCGCGGGCAUGAGAGAGCAGAAAUGAAGCGAACGCUGGCCAAGUCAAUUGCUCUGUUCGCAGUCACUCUCGGCAUUACCCUUUCCUUCAUCCUUCUCAAUCACGACACCCCUCCCCCGAUCAGGCCCGACGCUAUGGCCCGUAGCUUCGUAUUGUGGCUGCACGGGCUGGGCGAUUCGGGCCCCGCCAACGAACCUAUCAAGACAUUCUUCACUUCUACCGUCUUCGCCAACACCAAGUGGUCCUUCCCUUCUGCACCUAACAAUCCCGUCACCUGUAAUCAUGGUCAUGUGAUGCCAUCAUGGUUUGACAUUCACGAAAUACCAGUGACAGCUGAUUCUCCACAUGAUGAAGGCGAUGUGCUCAAAGCAGUUCAAAAUGUCCAUACAAUGAUAGACAAAGAGAUAGCAGCUGGCACAAAUCCUAAGAAUGUCUUCAUAUGUGGGUUCAGUCAAGGAGGUGCUUUAACGUUGGCAAGCAUUCUGCUCUACCCAAAAACUCUAGGUGGAGGUGCAGUGUUUAGUGGUUGGGUUCCAUUUAACUCUUCAAUUUUACAAAGGGUUACAGAAGAUGCAAAAAAGACGCCUAUCCUGUGGUCCCAUGGCAUGGCUGAUAGAACUGUACUCUUCGAAGCUGGACAAGCUGGUCCUCCCUUUCUCGAAAAAGCUGGCGUAAGCUGUGAAUUCAAGGCCUACCCUGCUCUCGGUCACUCUCUAAACAACGAGGAGCUCCGUAAUCUGGAAUCUUGGAUCAAAUCCCGUCUCCACAGUUCGUCCUGAAAUCGCUACUUGCCAUCUAAAAGAUCGUCACACGCCUACUGUUGCCUUGCUCAGACAUACUUAGAUAUCUAAACAUAACAGGUGAAUUUAUGUGUUUAAGAUGAAACAAGAUUGCAUUUGUGCUAAUCAUAUUGAAAAGCGAUUAAUAAAAAACGUCAACCUUGUGAAUUGUCAA